AUGAACAGGACAAUUUUCCAGUUUCCAAAACCCAAUACACCCACACAUUUCAAGUCAAGCCAUGAGAGGAACCUCACCACUGUCCUGCUCUGGACCCGGCCUUUCCGGAAACAUUUUGACCUGGAUGAAGACAUCUGCCAGAAGCUCUAUCACAUUCCACGCUGUCUAGUUGUCAGCCAGAGAUUGUUGUUUUCCACGGCUGACUUUGUGGUGUUUCAUAACAGAGAGCUGAUGAAGAAGGAGAAACUACCUCUUCACCUGCCAAGACCUCAGGGUCAGAGAUGGGUUUGGAUGUCCCUUGAGUCUCCGCCUCACAAUGGAAACGUGAAACAAUAUGUAAAUAUCUUCAACUUGACCAUGUCCUACAGAAGGGAUUCAGAUAUCAGCAUCCCCUACGGUGAGAUAGUGCCAAACCCAAACCCUGGAAAAGACUUGGAUUUGGACCUCCUUGAGAAUAAAACCCAUCUGGCUUGUUGGCUGGUCAGCAACUACAGGACCGGCCACACAAGGACAGCAGUGUAUCAACAAUUGAAAUCCAUAGUUCCUAUCAAAGUCUACGGACGUUGGUCAGGAAAUCCACUCUCACCUUCUGAGAAGUUGCCGACACUACAACGCUGCUGGUUCUAUUUGGCGUUUGAGAACUCACAGGCCAAAGAUUAUAUCACAGAGAAGUUGUGGGAUAAUUCGUACCUGGCUGGAACGGUGCCGGUGGUGCUGGGGGCACCUUUGGCCGACUACAAAGCCGUGGCACCGCCUCAUUCUUUCAUCCACGUUGAUGAGUUUGCAUCACUGAAGGACUUGGGAGAAUAUCUCAAGGAACUAGUCAAGGAUAAAAAACGGUACAGAGAAUAUUUUAAUUGGAGGAAAGACUGGAAGGUUAUGAUGAACAAAGACUGGAGAAAAAGACUCUGUACGGUCUGUUCAAAACAGGACAGCUUCCCUAAAUACAAGGUUUACUCAGACCUAGACGCGUGGAGCGCCCAAGAGCAUCAAUAGCAAGGACACCCAAACUUUCACUGCAUUGCACUUGUUCUUGAUGGUUUCUGUCACUACAAGCAGCUUAUCUUUAAAGAAAUACAAAACCAAGCAAAAGAGCAAAUAAUAGCAGAAGUGGAAUCCUCACCUGAAAGCUAUUGAGGUGCCCAGAUGUUUAUCUUGGCUCAAGAGAAGAAGAAAAAAAUGAACUGCGUGAUCUACUUUGUGGUGUAAUGUUUUGGUGGAGGUGUUCUUUCUCUUUAAACGAUUGAAAAAUCUACACGUUCUUGAGUUUGUAAUUGGGUACGUCUACCUUUAAAAAAGGGGUGGACCUGAUGUCCCAUAAACGUAUUACAUAUAUAUUUAGCAGCAUGGUGUAUUUAGCAGGGCAGAUUCAUUCACAAGACUGAUCUUUCCGUGGAAAUAGAUGUUUCAUGUGUCACCAAAAUCGUUUUCAAAACAUGAAGUGUUAUUUAAUCCGUAUGGUUGUGGGUGUGUAGAUUGUGGAAUUGCCAUUCCCACGUCAUUCUUCACUUGAUUUCACUCGUAAA